AUGGCAAAAAAGCUAAAAAGCAAGCAAAAGUCUGGAGGUGAGGCAACAAAGACGACUUCUGAAACCACUGAUGGUGAAGCUUGUGACUCGAAGGAGUUCCGACCCUCGGCAUCCACUCCCAAGGCACCUCCACCUGCUGGAUCCUUUCGAAGCCUAGAACCUACCUUGUCUCAGGGAGUCUUGAACUUUUUGGAUUCCAAGAAAUUUCACACCAUGACUCCCGUACAAGAGGCAACGAUUCCAUUGUUCCUUCAAAACAAGGAUGUGGCGGUACAAGCUGUCACCGGCUCUGGCAAGACACUAAGUUUCUUGAUUCCUGUUGUGGAGCGACUGAAAUCGAAAUCUUUCCAGAAAGGACAGGUUGGAGCUCUAAUUCUUUCUCCUACCAGAGAACUAGCUAUGCAAACAUGGAGAGUAUGUAAUGAACUUUGUGCUGCAACAGAAAUGCCUCCACCACUGCUUCUUGUUGGUGGAGGCAGUUCUGGAUCCAGCACCAAUCACCGUCCAGUAACGGAAGAUUUGAAGACAUUUCAACAGAAUGGAUCGAAUAUUGUGAUUGGUACACCAGGUAGAACUGAAGAUAUUCUGACGAGAUAUAAUGUCAUGGACGUCUCGGAACUGGAGGUUCUGAUUCUCGACGAGGCUGAUGUUUUGCUGUUUGGAAAAACUGUUAUGGAUCCUACAAUUGCAACCGUCCUCAACAAGCUUCCCAAGAUGCGUCGAACCGGGAUUUUUAGUGCUACGACAACAUUUACAAGUAAUAAAUCCAUAAAACCACUGCUUCAAAGAUCUGGAAUGAGAAACCCAGUUCUGAUUAAUGUUGAAGUGGCCAAGAGAGAAGAUGAAGCCCCAGAAGGCGGCGAGAACUCUGCACAGGAGACAUCAAAGCAAAGAAAAGGAAACGAUGGUUCUACGGCAUACACACCUACAUCAUUGACGAAUUACUAUACUCUUAGCAGACUUGAUGAAAAGAUCAGUCGACUGGUUUCAUUCUUACAAUCACAUCGCGAGGAGAAGGUCAUAGUCUUCUUUUUGACUUGCGCGUGCGUUGACUUUUAUGGAAGCUCCCUAAAGCAAGUUCUAGGCGACGAUCUCUACAUCGAAUUGUUGCAUGGAAAGCUCGUACAAAAGCGACGAGAAAAGGCAAUGGAGCGUUUCCGAGAAAGCUCAGGAGGAGUUCUCUUCUGUACCGACAUCGCUGCUCGCGGAUUGGAUGUUGCGGAUGUUAAUUGGGUUGUGCAGCUGGACGCCCCGCAAGAACCAUCUCAGUUCAUUCACCGCGUUGGUAGAGCUGCCAGAGCAGGUCGUAAAGGGUCCAGCCUCGUCUUCCUGACCGAAAAAGAAGAAGCAUACGUUGACCUCCUCUCGAAUCGCCAAGUAGCAUUGCUCCCGCUGCCGGAAACGGAAACCUGCUGCCGCCCCGUUCAAACGGGCGAAGACGAGACGGCUGACAAUGAAAAUGUGACGAGCAUCCUUUCACCAAUGAAGGAGCUAGUACUCAAAGAUCGUGACUUGCUCGAGAAGGGAACGAAGGCAUUCACCUCGUAUAUUCGUGCCUACAAAGAGCAUGUUUGCGCCUUUAUAUUCCGAUUCCCUGCUUUAGACUUGGGGUACCUCGCAACUUCAUUCUGCCUUUUGAGAUUGCCGAAGAUGCCAGAGCUUCGAGAUUCAAAGGGGAAGCUUCGACACUUUACUCCGGCCGGUGAAGAAGUCAACAUUUAUGGCAUUGCCUUUAAGGAUAAAGCAAGAGAGGCGGCUCGUCAGAAGCGACUUGCAGCCGAAUUGGCUGCCGGGGGCAAAAAUGCAAAACAAAUCAAGGCAGAGCAACGAAAGGCGGACCAGCUUCGAAAGCAAAAGGAACGAAGGCAAGCUGCAAUCCAGAAAGGACGGAAUCCAGACAAAAAAAGAGGUCGGAACGCACAGAUAAUUGACGAUUGGGAUGAACUUGCGAAAGAAGAAAGGCUGUACAAGCAACUUCGCAAAGGAAAGAUUAGUCAGGCCAAGCACGAUGAGCUGUUGUACGGAAAGGAGGCAAAAACAGCAGACUCGGAUGAGUAA